AUGUUGUUGAUCUCCUUAAUAUUUGUUCACCAACUACUAGCUGAAGUAUAUCUCGGAUUUUCUCUUGAACAAUCUCAGCUUUUGAAGAAAAACAAAACCAGAGAGUCAGCUACCAAGCCAUCCCCAUUACCGCCGAUUGGUAGAGGACCUACGAAGAUACAGACACUUCGAACUUCAAAGCUUACUGCAUCACCAACAACGAAAGAAGAAAAUGUAACGAAAAAAGUCGACGGCGUAAUAGGUGGCAUUCGAAAUAUUGAUGAAAUAAAACCUAAUAGGGACUUUGAAGGCAGACAACGAAAAAACCAGUAUUUGGUGGUGUAUAUAAUUAUUGGAGUAAUAGCUGUUGUACUGCUAAUUGCAGUAGUUGUAACUACAGUAACAAUUAUUGUGUUACGAAAGAAAAUAUGCGGCAGGAUUUAA